ACACACACGCGCGCGCGCGCGCGCGCGCUCGCGUCAUCUCGCGCGGAGUGCAGUCGAGGUAAUCUAAUAGCGAACUACCCUCCCCCAACCCCUACCACUACACGUACGGAGGAUAAUUACUACAAGCGAAAAUGGUCGAUCUAGGAGGAUACAUUAUUAUAUUGACGAACGACGACGGGAAGAUCAAGUUGUACGGAUCGCCGGCGGAUAAUGCGGAUACUCUAGAAGUGGGCGAUGAGAUUUUGGAAGUGAACGGCCGCACCUUAGAAAAUGCAACUCAUAACGAAGUCAUCCAAUAUAUACAUCAGUGCAUCAAAUCUCGAACAAUAUGUCUGCGUCUCCGGAGAAGAAGCGGCAACCAAAUGGAAGAGCUGGACGGGCCAAACGCUGGGCGGAUACGAGACGCCUGGGUUAUCGCCGUCGAAAGGAGCGCGCGAGAGAGGCUGCAGAAACUGACGGCACUGAAGAAGAUCCAGCCGCGCGAUAUCCAGGGCAUUCUACAUCAGCAGAUAAACGAUGCGGUUGCAUCCACGAGCGAGGAUUCCGCUGCGAAAGACGUGACGAAUGGCCAAAUUACGGUUACUUUGCCAGAUAAGGAAUUGGGUACGAAUGCUUUCCCCACGAAACUUAGCAACGGUACGAUUCCUAAAGGAUUAGCGAAAGAGGCAGACAUUCUAGUGGAACACGUCUCGCAGGAGCGGAAGGACGUUUUGGAAAAGCAACAUAGUUACGAAGAGGCGAAUCUCUUGCAACCGGUGCAGGGAGGAAGAAUCGGCGAACGUCGCGCGAGCAGCCCUUUCCAAAAUGGUCGGACAGAAGUGCUGAUUGGCGAACCGGAGGGCGGCCCGAGGUCGCCGCGAGGAUCGACGUCUUCGGCGGUGAACGACGGCAAUUUCCUGAAUCCACCGGACGAGCGAGACGAACCAAUUUGCAGGUCCCGAAGGCGUGGUAGUGGCGUGACGGACAUACACUCUCAACAACAGCAACAGCUGCAAGAGAACAACAACAGCAGCUCGCGCGACGCGAAGAAGCCGCAGGAGGGACUGGGGCCCGAUGAGAUGUGGGCCCCUGGCGCCCUGGGCCAUCAUCGGGAGCUACCUGUUGAUGUGCCCGACACCCUCUUACAGAAGGCCUAUCCCAACAAGGUAAAGAACCGCNCUCCCGAUUAUAGGAACGGGCUACAGCAUCGUCCCCGUAGCGCUAGCGACCUCGACCUAUCCCUAAACCUUAAAAACGAGACCCUUAAGACGCGCACCACACCCGCGGACGGACGCGUUAGACUCGUAUCGAACGACGACGUCGACUCCGCCUCACGGACGAUCAACGUUCGCAACGGUCUUCAGCCUCUGUCUAUGCUGAAGAUCGAGCUAAAGAUCGAGGACGAGGAGGAGAAGAAGGUAAAAGUUGCCAAGAAAGAUCCGGCAAGUAUCGACAAAUAUCGCGACAGCCCAAUCGCGAUCGAUUCACCAGAUUUGAAGAGCGAUCUGAAAGCUCUCGGGGAGUACGAUAACGUCGAGGACGCGAGCGAACAGAAGGAGUCAGGUGUCGACGUCGAGGACGACUAUCCGUUCGCCAAAGAGGAUUACCCCACCAUGCUGAAGACGUGCAGCGAUGAUUCCGCGAGCCCGAGGAGCUCGUCGGGCAGAUCGGACAGCACUGCGCCUUUGGACACCAGCUUGAGGUGUGAGCAAAGGCAAAGUAAAAAUAAGGAUAAACAUAAGGACGUGCGACAUACGUUGUAUGACGUACGAAGGAUAGAUCUCGGCUCCCCGUGCAGAUCGGUGAUGCCCGACAUCAAGAUAGCUCCGCUCUUCGGUCGCGCUCGGGACACGACGUCCUUAGACAAUCCGGCUUAUGGAUUGACGGAUUUGCAGGACCUUCAAGGUCUACUGCGAUCCGACGAGGCCUCGGAUAUGACCAGACUGAUAGACGAUCAAUGUUCGUCUGUCCCGAGGAUUCCGAAGGAACAGGACAAGGCGCCGCCUGUCCGCGCGGAGGACCAGCAGAUAGAGUCUUCCCGAACAACGACGGAGCACUCGACGAACAAGUCUGGCGCGAAAAAUACGAAGCGUCGCGGGAAUGUCGACGAGCGUGCCAAGCUGAAGGCAAAAUCGCGCAGCCUCGAUAUCGAGGAACUGAUCCGAACCGGCUCGACCGACGAUCUGCUCGGCAUCGAGCUGAGCCAUCUCUCCUCCUUGUCCUCCUCGUCGGCCCGGCCCAAGAAGAAGCAUAGGCAUCAGCAGAUCUCCAGCGGCUACUCUACGCUCAGAAGCGAAGUAUCGGGCGAUCUCGAGCGUAGUAGCGUGGAUCGCAGCUUCCUCGUGGUCUCGAACAGGUCUUACCGCGAGGUAGCCGUCGACUGUCCGCCAGAUUUCGUGCCGGUCACCAAGCGCCAUCCGGUAUACCCGCCGCCUAAUAAGAUCACCACGCCCGGCAACAGCAAGCACAACACUCUCGAGCCGAAACGCGAUCGCGUGAGCGAGGGGGGCGCGUGCACCCCCGCGACAACGACGAUGACGACAACGAUCACGACGACCAUCACGACAACCGCGCUUGUAGCCUCCCCCUGUCUACCCCCGAACGACAAUAGCCGUUACACGAUGCUGUCUAGCGGCGAUGAUGGUAGUGCUAGGGAGACCAUAGUCGCGCGCAACGCGACGGUAGACCGUAAGCACGACGCCAGGAAGGUAAGGUCCAGAGUCAAGAGCUUGAUAGUCGACGGCUUGCACUCUAUCAUGCACAACGAGCACUGCAAAUCGCUUCGCUGCGCUUCUCUUAGCACGCAUCACCUUAACGCACCAACGCGGCUUCGCUCUAACGAACCUGUUUUGCAAUCGUUCAACAUGAACUCGGGGGAGUUUUCGGUUUCCGCCUGUUCCUUAGCCCCGAAGGAGCUCUUCUACGAAAACCCCUGCUUUGAUGUGUCCCAUGAUGAGAACGUUCAUUCCGAUGUUUUCCCGCGUCGGAAAUUUCUGGAAAACGUCAAACAUCCGUUCUCUUCAUCGUCUUUUCGAGAUGAAUGUCCUAAAGAUUGGCAGAACUCCUUCCACGCCGAAGGCAAAGACGGUGGGACGAUCUUCUCCUCUUUUUCGACAACGAUCGAUGAUCAUACGCGCCCGGCUGAUUUAUCUUUGUCCGAGGACAAUGUCGUAAAUUCAUCGGAAUGUCUUCUUGCGGAUUUUGAAAAUGAGAUCCGAGAAAUUACUCCCUCCGACUGGCCGGAAAAGAUUACCACGCGUGAACAGAAUCCUUCAUUACCUGAUGUCUCGUUUCUCAAACUUGCUGACACUCCGACUCAAUUGUCCUUCAUCCAAGAGACGAAUCAGAAUUCUCGGAAUUCCUUGCACGAGCUAUCCCCCGCGAGGCGUCACGUCGUGCGUCAUAUAUUCGUCAAUGACGUUUCCGACGAUUUACAACGUUCGCAAAAGGAGGAACUGCACAAUCGCUGCGAUUCACCGAAUACGCAGAAUCAGAAAAAUUCGAGCUUGUCCGUCGAGUACAAAUCGAGUUCCAAGAUGCUGAACGUUCCGAUCGACAAUGGCGCGAAAUUUCGCGUUUGUCGGAGGAGCAUGUCGGAUAUCUCGGAUUUAACGGCUAUUCGGAUUCGCUUCUUGCUCUCCCUCCGCGAUCCUGUCCCGAACCCGAAAAUCUCACGGCGCAUCGUAGGACAGGACGGAAGAGAUCAACCUAUGAUGACUUUGCACGAUUCUGAUGGAUGUACAAAGCGGAGCUCGCCGAGACCGUCAAACGAGCGCACUUUGAAGAGUUAUACGCGCGAAUCGGCGCACGUCGACUCGCUCGAACAGGCCGGUCUCAACGGGGUCAAGCCUGCCAUUCCGCCUCGCGAUCAGAAAAGGGCGCCCGCCAGACCGCCGAAGGAUAAUCUACGUCUCUCUACGCAGAACAAUAAUGUCGAAACCAGCGAUAACGCCAACACAACCGAACCGACGCAGCAGCAGCUUCACUCUAUCAGGAAAUAUCAGGAACAGUUACGGAAACGAAAGGAUGAAGAGGAAAGGCAGGAGAUGCUCAGCCGUUCUCUCCGUGGAUCUAAAAAGCUCCAAGCCUUGGAGAGCCACGCGACGAGUCUCACUGGCCAGGAAAAUCUUGCCUACGCACAGGACGAGGUGACCACCGUCAGCCGGGUCACUCAUGCCACUCCUAACGCGGUACAAGAAGUGAAGGAGCCUCCCCGAACCCUCACGUAUGGCGAAGUAGUUGCUACGCUGGAAAGGCUGCAGCUCCAGCUACAAAAUAUUUCAGGUGCUCUCGGUAUUUCGGGUCCAGGUGUCGAAACCGAAUUGAAGGCAGUUCGCGCACUUUUGGUGCAAAAUCAAUUUGCGUCUGCCUUGGCGACACGUCACGCUUUGAAGAAUCGGCUGAGGGCGAGCAAGAUUCUUAAACAUCAUGCCGAUGACGCGUCGAAUUUGGCGCGAGAUUGCGUGGAUAUCUUGGAAAAAUGGCAAUCGUCAGCAACCUCAACAGGUGUCGGCGGCGCAGAAACAAUAGCCGCUGUGGAGGAGUUAACGAACAUUCUAACAAGUUAUGACAUGGAAGCUCUGCUUCUCGCUCACGACUCCAUUGUCUCGUACGUGGACGGUUUGCAAAGGAAGCGAAGCCCAUCGUCCUCACCGCCCAGCGGUCCGCCUAGCCCGACGUCCAGCUGGAAAGACUCCCGGGUGGUCGACAACAUUAAAAUUAUCCGAAUCGAGAAAACUAAUGAACCGCUGGGUGCUACCGUCAGAAACGAAGGGGACGCGGUGAUCAUAGGACGUGUUGUGCGCGGUGGCGCGGCAGAUAAGUCGGGACUCCUGCAUGAGGGCGACGAGGUCCUCGAGGUAAAUGGUGUGGAAAUGCGCGGCAAGACCGUUAAUGAGGUCUGCGAUAUUCUCGCCGGCAUGCAGGGUAGUCUCACGUUCUUGGUACUUCCAGCACCGACGAGUCACAGAAAUAAUUUAAGGAGGGAAGACACGACACAGAUACACAUACGAGCACAUUUCGAUUACGAUCCAGAGGAAGAUCCGUAUAUACCCUGCCGAGAAUUAGGCGUAAGCUUCCAAAAGGGCGAUGUACUUCACGUAAUUUCCCAAGAGGAUCCGAACUGGUGGCAAGCAUAUCGAGAGGGCGAAGAAGAUCAGACUCUGGCCGGUCUGAUACCUAGCAGAGCAUUCCAGCAUCAACGAGAAUCCAUGAAGCAGACGAUAGCCGGCGACAAGUCGACAGUGCGAGGCUCGAAGAAAUCUAGCACGCUAUUGUGCGCGAGAAAAAAUCCAAAGAAGAAAAAACGGAAUAAGUUUGGCGCGAACUUCAAUGACGACGGGUACCCUCUUUACGCGACAACUGCCAUAGAUGAUUACGACAGCGAGGAGGUGUUGACAUACGAAGAAGUCGCCUUAUACUAUCCUCGUGCAAAUCAUAAAAGGCCGAUUGUACUUAUCGGACCUCCUAAUAUCGGACGACAUGAACUCAGGCAGAGAUUGAUGCAAGACAGCGAACGUUUUGCCGCAGCGAUUCCUCAUACAAGUCGUCCGAAAAAGGAUUCCGAGGUCGACGGCCAGGACUACCACUUUAUUUCACGUGCUCAAUUCGAGUCUGAUAUCCUUUGUCGUAAGUUUGUCGAGCACGGCGAGUAUGAGAAAGCGUAUUACGGCACGUCCGUGGAGGCCAUCAGGACAGUGGUUAAUUCCGGGAAAAUCUGUGUCUUAAACCUACAUCCCCAGAGUCUCAAGAUCCUGCGAAAUUCGGAUCUGAAGCCGUAUGUUGUGUUUAUCGCGCCUCCGAGUCUAGAAAAGCUGAGGCAGAAGAGGAUUAAAAAUAACGAAAGUUACAAGGAAGAGGAGUUGAAGGACAUAAUCGAGAAAGCGCGCGAGAUGGAGGAUAAAUAUGGCCACCUGUUCGACAUGCUUAUAUUGAAUAACGAUACCGAUCGGGCGUAUAACCAAUUACUCACGGAGAUUAACUCACUCGAGAGGGAACCUCAAUGGGUGCCUGCGUCUUGGGUUCUUCAGUAAUUACGCGGUCUUACGCUUUAAGACGAGGAUUUCCGAGAAUGUGUCUCGGAGGGAAUCGGCGAUCGGAGGCCAGUAUUGCGGUUAUCUGUUUGCAAGACAAGUGCUUUCAAGCAAUCUUCCAAGCAAGACUUCAAGCGAGUCUGCUAGAAUGCUUCGGUGGACCGGUUCUUCUACAGGUGCCUGUUACAUAGUUUUAUGUUUCUUACGCGAAUCUUUUAAAUCUUCCUCCUUUCCGGUUAUACUGUAUUGCAAGUACUACCCGCCUGACAGAGUCUUCCGCGUGUGUUGUCGUACUUUGGUGCCAUGAAAUAAAGGAUCAUCGGAAGCAGUCUUUGAAUGAGAGAAAAGAAAAGAGAAAAGGGGGAGAAUAGAACAAAUAUAAUCUGCAAAAAAUUCUCACACUUUUACAGACUAUUCCCCCAGACUUUGCGUUUGGUAUAAAAGCAAAAAUAUAUAUCGUGUUUUUAUGUAUUACCAUGAUAGCGAACGUUUGCGAGGCUCGGUCGCGUCAACCAUGUUUCGAAUUUGAGUAACGUGUAAUCAAAUCACGGACGAUCGUCGGCCGAAAAACUUUUAAGUUUAAGUUAUGCUUGAAUUUCGAACACGGUUGUUGCGGCUUGGCCUAUCUAUCUACCUUAACGUCUCGAAGUCAAUUCAGGCUGAGAGACGUUUGUACGAAGUUUCCGAAGUGUAUAUUUACGGGGUUAUAUUCUCAGACUGACAAACGGUUAACUAUUAUAGACACGCGAAUAUACAAAAGCAUCAUCCCGCGAUGCGCCAAAGCACAUCUGCCGAGCGUCUCGCUCCUUCUAUCGUAUAUUAGCCCGUGAUUCUACGUGAGGAAGUGUACCUGACCUGAUGUCUCUCUUAAAAGUUGAAAAAUUUCUAACGGGGGCACGUGAAAAAAUGCUGUGUAAUUUUCUAUGAUCACGCACAUAUACACACGUAUACGUUUUGAUAAAUUUUGAUAAGUGGAAAAAGAAAACUGGAGCUUUCUCAGACCUAUUCAAAGAAAUCCCAUUCAGCGUAGCGAAUAUAAUAACGAUAUUAACGAUAUUAACAUAAAUAACGCGCAAAUCCGUGUAGGUUUAAUUUUUCUUGCGUUAUCUCGCGAAUAUAUAUAUCAUACAUUGCAUAUGUAACAUGCAUCAAACUUGCACAAAACGAUCAUAGAGAGUCGCAUGUCUUUUCACGUGACCGUUGAUUAGAAAUUUUCUGCCGAUUCUGCUAUAUUCUAAUAUCCGCAAACGGAAGCUGUUGUUGUAAAGAGAAAAAAAAAGAAAGAGAAGAAGAAAAAAAGAAAAAAAAACAUAUGAAACGACGAUCUCACGAGCAUAACGAUACACAAUAUAUUUCUUCGAACGCAAGAGGAAACGCGUCUGCGAUCUCGAAGAAGACUGCGAAACUCGCUAAUAUGUUUUACCGUUUUCGCCCUAGACGAUUCCGUGUUUAUUUAGAGAGCAGAAACUCGUGUGUUUCUAACCCGUAGAUUCGUUAAACGCAAUAGAACUUAGACUCGACUGUGUGGUUUCGGAAAUGCAAGAGCUCUCGGAAAUUUCGCAUAAAAAAAACAAUUGUUUCUCCUGAGUGUUUUUUUACAGGGAGCGAUUAUUGUAAGACGCGAUCGAAUAGGAUAAAAGGUGUUUAUCUGUGUCACUGUAUCGCUACGAAUAGAAAAAAUCGACGCGAAAUAAAAAAGAAAAAAAAUAAAUAAAGGAGUAUAGUAUAUGUAGAGAGAAACCAUCGUGGCGUUUCGUUCGGAAAUUUAAACGGUAAAUGUGCGGUAAAUGCAUUGUAGCAAGUGCGCGACGUGUAUCUUGCAGGUAUCCUUGCGUUAGCAAUAAUUGUGUAUUAUCGGAAAGAAAAGUAACUCGUUUCUCCGUUUUUUUUUUACUUUACGACACCGAUAAACUCUCGGCGAAAGAUGUGUCGUUCAGUACGUAUAGAGACGAACAGGUGGGCUACAGUAUGAUACAGUCUGUAUCGCGAUUAGAUCAACCGUAUAACAUUAGUCUCGAUUCAGAGAAAAAUAAAAAAGAAAAGAUAGAAGAGAAUACACUAAAUUCAAUGUGAAACAUACAACAGUUGUAAGUUGCGAACGCGCGAGAUGUAGAGAAGAUGUUCUUUCGGUAAAAAAAAAAAAAAA